AUGUGGCGAGAUAUGCUUGCAGCAUGGCUUUGGAGCGAGGAUGCCCCCACCUUGUGCCUCGUGGUUACUUCGAUACUUACCUUGUUGAUUCUGCCAAAGACCGAGACUUUCGCAGAAGUGGCGCAGCGGCAUCGCAGCGGCAUCGCAGCUCUGAGGCUGAUCAUCCUCUUCAGCACUUGCAUCGCACGCCUCACUGGCACGCGUGGCGCCAUUGCAAUGGCCCCGACCUGCUUUGCCCCAAACCCUGUCCGCGAUGUCGUCUUGGCUCAGGCGGUGGACCUCGUCUUCCUCUGGCUCUUCGCCCGUCUCGUCGCCCUGAUGUUUCCCGGUUCUCUGAAGCUCUUCCAGCGGAGCACCGAGGCAAACUACAGGACAGAGAUAGCACGCCACUACAUCAUAAAUGUUCGCCAGCUCUGGAUGUUCCUUAGACAUGCAGCCCAUUUGUCGGACCAUGUUCGGGGUGUCACGCUGGACGGUUUGGAGAAGGCAUGUGCUGCCGUCAACAGUUUGGCCUGUUCGCUCCGAACACAAGAGCAACACGAGGUCAGGCUCACUGCUGAGCAGCGCGAGGUGUUGGACUCGGCAGAGGAUCUGGGCCAGUGGCUACAUACUUUGCAGGUGCAAAGUCUGCAUCCGCGAGGCCAAGGUUCAGUAACUCUCCCCCUGGGCGAAUGGUUAGCAUGGGCAAGGCAAGAAGCGUCCAGAUCCCGCAUGCCACAGGCGGAGUUCAUAGGCAGAUCAGAGCUUGACGCGCAGGGUGCCUUGCCCUCCAAACUGGCACGCCUUGAAAGGCUGCUCUCCGUGAUGGAGGACCUCAAGGCGCCCAAGUCCGGGAUGCUCACUACAGCGAUGCGGUUUCUGAAGGUGCCGACCGUGGGAUCUUUGAACCAGCUGAGAGCUGAGCUGCAGAUCCAUUAUUCCGGCCAGCACUUUUGGGUUAAGACAAAGGGCGGGCACCGUCUCGACGCAAUGUUCAUCCCGUGCCAACGUGGCCACCGGCUGCCUGAAGAGGUGUCCAAUGUCAGUGACCAGCUUCCUUUGAACGAGGGACACUUGAAUCCAACGCUGAUCUGGUGCAAUCCGAAUGCUGCGUACUACGAGGCCAUGGUGUACCAGGCCGGGCCCCCGGACCUAACCAGGACUGCGGAAGCGCUCGUCAGGGCAGCCUUCACCUUCCAGAGUAGCCGAGGACGGGGAGGCUGUGGUGAACUUCUUGAAGAGUCGGGGAGUUGCAAAACUGGGGAUCUAUGGGAGGUCAAUUGGUGGCAUCGCUGCCUGCCACUUGGCCAGAAGAUUCCCCGAGGUGCAAAUCCUCAUCACAGAUAG